AUGUCCUCCUCUCGACCUGUUGCACCACCUACAGACGCGUCCCGUCCAGGCUCAGGUAUCCUCACGCCCAGCUCUGACAGUCUACUGAACCACGAUGCGGCGUUCGGCGAGGUCUCCAAGACGGCGGGACGGCGGGGCUCCAGCGCACUGGAGCACCUCCUCAAGUCUUAUAUCGUCGUCAAGCCGUUUCGUCUCAAUGCUGUGGCCAGACCUUCCACUCUGCAGCCGUUGAUGCUCAUUCCCCGCGAGGAGCUGUCCCUUUCCCUCCUCGACCUCUUUUCGCCCAAUGGGGAUCUUCCCUCAAGCCGACUCUACGAAUCCCACAUCAAGAUCCUCGAUCUCGAAGACCGCAUGGCUGACAGGCCGAGCCUUCUCAUCGCCCGAAAUGAGUCUUCGAAAACGCUGUACGCCGUCGAACGAGCCGAUAAGAACCUCUUCACCGUGUGCAAGUUGGGAUCAUGGGUCAACAUGCAAGAGCUAGCCGCCAAGGCGACCGUGGCGAGCCAGACGAUCGCCAAGUCGCGACCGAGCCCGCAAGGACCGCAGGCCGUGCCGCUGACGACGCCGCAGCUGCAUAAAGAACAAAAGGAGAAGAAGCUCGCGAUCGAGGCGCUGCAAUCUAUCGUGCGCAAGAGGGCGAGGUCGCAAUCGACUGCGACAGUGGAGGAGACCGGGCGCGCCGAGAAGAGGAUCCGGUCCGACGAUGAUGCUUCCAGGCCACCGACGCCUCUAGGCCAGACUGUGGUGGGCGAGAAGAAGACGGCGGGUCUGGCGCAUGUGGUCGAACCAGCCCCUGCUUUGGCUCCGGCGCUAAUGGAGGAUGUCAUGGCCUCGCCGACGGCUGAGGACAUGUACAACAAUAUCAGGGCGCAGUACUUGGAAGUUCUUUACAAGUCCAAGGGUUCGCUGGCGUACUUUGCCAAAGGCCCUUUGUCGCGCGCCAGAGCGGCUUUUCACAUGGACUGCGAUGGUAACCUCAGCAUGGACGACCUCAUCGAGUACCUGACCACCCAGAUCAUGACGACGGUACAAUUAGAUAAGAAGUAUAGGGAGACGAUCCCUAACAUCAUCUCCAAGAUGAAGACGCAUGUUGAGAGCUCAGAUGACGGCAGCAAAUCGAAGAAAAGGAAACCCAAGAAGAUGAAGCUCGGCAAAGAUGGUCUGUAUCCCACCGAGGACAGCGUUGUUCGGACAUGGUGGACGGCAAAUCGACCUGAAAUCGCGGACGAGGACGCAAGCAUCACACCGGCGCAAAUUCGUUCUCACGUGGACCUCCUCCGAACUCGAGAGACGCAACUCCAGAUGAUUCUCAUUCUGGAGAUUCUGAGUCUGGAGCCUCUGCGACCCAAGGAAAACGAAGAGGAGAGCCAACUGCCAGGACUCGCACCAACAGAAAACAAGGACGGCUCUGCAUCACAGCCUAUGAAGAAGCGCAACAAACACAAGCUCCCGGUGCUAGUUGACGUGCACGCCGAUCGAUUGUGUAUCUGGCAAUCCACUGCCUCUGACGAGCUCAGGUUACUGGAAGAUACGCAAGUUGUGACGCAGGCGGAUGGAACCAAGCUGGGCCAAAAGGCUUCAGCGGACCCCUUGAAGGACUUUUGCACUGAUAUCAUUAUGCAGUUUUUUGCUGCCCGCCUUCCGGAACUGUGCGACGGAAUCAACCGAAAACUUGGAGGGCCCGUCAUCAUUCCCACCCCUAAGCCAAAGCAGACGAAACCUUCAUCAAGCUCCAAGCCAAAAUCGAAGACAAACGUAGUUGCAAAGCGCAGCAUAUCAGCGUCCAAGGCAUCAAAGAGCAUCCAGGAGGAACUGGCAAAGGAACAGUCUCGCCGUAGCGUGUCUCGGGGGCCAGGCAGCGCCAUCGCACUGAUGAGGUCGGCCACCUCGUCAACGCUGCCUGCCCUCAAGCGAGAGUCCAGCGAUCAGUCGCUCCUGAGUGGCAUGGCCAAGGCCGAACCAGGCUCCCUCUCCGAGAGAUCGCGGGUUCUGUCGAAAAGCAGCAGCUUGACUGCUCUCGGCGAUGUCAAGGCUCAGAAGAAGGCCAUUGUCGAUGCCGAAUUGCGGAACGCUAUAAGCGUGCUCAGGAAGCCGAACCGCGAAAUGGCCAAUCUGGAUGUUGUCGAAGCUGCGGAACGGAGGACGUCCGGCGGCCUGUCGCACACGAGAAAAACGAAAAAGCCCGUUCGGCACCCCCUCUUCCAGUCGGUGCAGGUCAAGGCCACGCCUGCCAACAACCGAUUCCGCGACGCCUUGGCCGAAGCCGGCGGCAGCGCAAAGAUGCCGGCCAUAUCCAUGCCGCCGUCGAGCGCGUCAAUGAUCCCCUCGACAGCGAAACGACGGAGCACGUCCGACUAUUUCGGGUCGUUCUCAUCGUCUGCCGUCAAAGCGACACCCUCAAGGCCGAGAGCCUCUGCGCCUCUCGGUGCGCCGCAUGACGAACCCAGCAUACCCCCUUCCUCGCCCCUCAUGGCGAGGAAACCUGCACGGCAGCAGUCGGCCGUGCCUGCGACGACCCCUGCGCAACCUCGGCCGCGGGCAAUGCGCUCCCCGUCGCCGAUCGGGGCGCACAUCUUUGACACGCCUGUCAAGGCGGCCACGUCCUUCAGCUUGCCGGAGGACGAAAUCGCGGCGACGCCUGUCAUGAAGACGGCUGCGCCUGCGGAGAAGAAGGCUUCUUCGAUUUACGAGAAAUUGGGAUGGGAUGACGACUUUGACGACUUGUUAUGA